GUAGAGAGUUGUCCGAGACUAUUCCGCAGCAAGCGCACGCGAGUCUUUCGAGAUGUGCCAAGAAGUCGAGUGUACGUGUAAAAGUGCAUAGGAACCAACUCGAAUCGACCGACAAUGAACAUCGACAGUACGGGUUUCUUUUCCUACGUCUUCUCCUCGUGGCUGACGAAAUAUUUGUGGAAAGCUUACAGAAAAGGGAUCUUCUUAUCUGACCUACCUCCUAUUGCGCCGUUAGACAGCUGCUCUUGUAAUGCACAAAAAUUUGAAAAUUUAUGGAAUGACGAGUUACGAUUACGAGGUCCAACCUCAGCCUCGUUGUCACUUGUCGCAUGGAGAUUUGUGUGUUUUCGCGUUCUUAUCUCGUGCGUAUUGAACGUCGGUUCGCAGAUCAUAAACUUUACGAUGCAGACGGUGAUGCUGAGACACUUCCUGGAGUUCCAUGAGAAAGUCGAGGAUAAUUUCUUUUGGGGUAUGCACUGGGUGGUUUACAUUGUUGGCUUCGAUUUACUACAGAUGAUUCUCUACAGCUGGGGUGAUAUAAUGAAUAAGAGAACUGCCUUAAGACUCAAGUCCGUGUGUCUGAGUCUUUUGUUCAAAAGAGUCCUACAUCUGAAUAAUGUCAAUGCGAAUAAUACGCGAAAGCUUAUAGAAAUGCUGACAAAAGACGGGCAGAAAAUUUAUCAUGCAGUUGAUUCAGCAGCAUCGAUAAUCGUAGGUCCGAUUGUAGCGCUGUGUGUAGUGAUUUGCAGCUCAUUAUGGUUAAAUUCAGUAGCCGUACUUGGUCUCAUUUUAUUUCUAGUGCUUUACGUUGUACAGUAUUGGUUUGUAUAUUUGGUAAACUAUUGCGAGGAAAAUGCGAACGAAUACACAAGAGAAAGAAUACAAAAAACAGUUGAGAUAAUGGAAAAUAUAAAACUAAUCAAAAUAAAUGGCUGGGAACAGCAUUUCAUUCAAAGUAUAUCAAAUAUACGCAAUAAGGAAGGCAAAUGGCUUUGGAAGCUGUCUUACGUCAAAAGUCUUAACUCGUCAACGAUGGAUGCUCUUCCAGUCAUUGCUAUAAUAAUGAUGUUUUUCCUGCAUGGUACUGUCGGCUAUAACUUGAAAGUUUCUAUAGUUUUUCCUAUUUGUGUGGUGAUAAUGGUGCAAAUGAAUGGAGCUUUUAGAUCGAUAAAGCCAUCCCUAUCGCGACUGAGAGAAUCAUUAGAAAUUUUCAAAAAUAUCAAGGGUGGCUUGUUGAUGGAAGAUACGAGUUGUCAUCCGACAAAACCUUACGAACCGUCACAAGCAGUAGCUAUAGUUAAUGGAACUUUUGUUUUCGACAUUCGUAAAAAACAAACUAACGAAAAUGAGAAAAACCGUACCAAAGAUGAAUUCAUAAAUAAAGACAACGCCACUGAGAAUGAGAAGUUGAAACUCAAUCCGCCGACAUUCGAGCCAAAGCGCAUAGAAAUAUUAACCAAUAUAACAUUUAAAGCGAAGAAAGGCCAACUAAUUGGAAUCUGCGGUAGACCAAGCAGUGGUAAAUCGUCGCUGCUGCUGUCGGCACUAGGUCAAAUCAAAAUGAUUAAUGGCCAACUUAUGAGGCAAGGUAGCUGUGCGUAUGUGGGACAAAAAGCAUGGCUUGCCAAUGCCACAAUCAAAGAGAACAUUCUAUUUGAAGAAGUUUAUGAUGCGAAGAGAUAUUACGAGGCACAAGUAGUUUGUCAAUUGAGACAAGACAUAAGGACUCUAACUGAUGGUGACGAGACAGAAGUCGGUGACGAUGGCGUUGACGUUACAGAGAGCUUCAGGCAGAGAAUUGCCUUGGCUAGAGCUUUCUAUGCUGACAGGGAUAUAUACUUCUUGGACGAUCCACUGAGUUCGAUGGAAGAUAAAAUCAGCAGUGAAAUAUUCGAGGAUCUUAUCAUUCGAGCACUGGCUGAAAAAACCAUUUUGCUGGUGACGCAAGAACUCGAGUAUUUGGAUAGAUGCGAUUACAUGUACAUUAUACGUGACGGCAAAAUAGCGGAACAUGGAAGACAUAAAGAUUUGAUGAGGUUGGGGAGAGAGUAUGCCUCUAUGGUGAAAGCUGCUGCCACCGAUGAUGCAGAAGAUGGUUAUGUUGACGAUAUAUUGAAUGAAGAAGAGGAAAAUUAUUCUCCCGAACGUAGACAAUCUGUUUUAAAUAUAGAUUUUCCAACGAAUAAAUCAAUUGAAGAAGACGAGGAAGAUGAUGACAAUUCAGAACCUCAAGGAAUACCACCAAAGAUUUAUCUAGUAUAUAUCAAAUUUCUUGGCAGCUACUUCUUACUAUUUUCGGUAAUAAUGUCAUACUUGAUAUACUCAGGUAUGCAAGUUUUUAGUUUAUGGCGUCUUGCAGCGUGGAUACAAUUGAUAUGUAAGAAUAGCGUUCUAUUGCUCACCGACAAAUAUUAUCUUCUUGCGUACUACCAUAAUUUGUUUGGAUUUUGUUCUAUUCUCAUUAUUAUUGGUUGCAUAGUGCAAAGUCUUGCUGUACAAUAUGCGGCAGUUAAGAUUGGUCGUAAUGUACAUACCGAAUUAAUAAAUAAAUUAGUAUACUCCCCGAUGAGAAUUUUUGAUUUUUCAUCGAAAAGAAUGAAAAAAUUAUUUUCAUAUGACCUGUAUAAUAUCAGUCUUCAACUACCAUUAAAAUUAGAUAGAACUUUGAGAUACAUGGCAUUAGGCAUCACGACAUUUUUUGUACUAAUUAGUACGAUUCCAUGGUUCAGCAAUUAUGUUGUAUUUACUAGUCCAAUAUUCUAUAUUACGGGAAAAAUGUACAUAAUCGGACGCAAAAAUUUCAAACAUUUGGAAUACCAAAUGAAAAUGAAAACAAAUAUGUUUCUCGAAAACACUAUGCAGGGAUUGAGUACUAUCCGUACUUUCAAGAAAGAAACUGACUUACUGAGCAAGUAUCAAAAUAUAGUUGAUAUAAAUACUGCAUGUUGCUUCAUCAAAGGUGUAUCCGAAAGAUGGUUAUUAGUGAGACUGCAGUUAAUGUCGACAAUUUUUAUACUCGUUGCAUCCACUGUGAUUAUUAUUUUAGAAAAAGAAAUAUCACCAACAAUGUCUGGUUUAACAUUCAUUUAUAUUCUGACAAUACCGAACGUCAUGCGAAUAGGAAUGCGAUACUUUUUGAAAAUCGAAUCAAGUCUUCACAGCGUGCAAAAUAUCUGUAGCAAUACCGAGAUACUUAUUGACGAAGUUAACGAUAAGAUUGUUACUGUACUACCCGAACUCGAGUGGCCAACGACGGGUACGAUAGAAUUUGAUAAAGCAGUAUUAAAAUACAAUAAUAACGAUGAAGAAGAUGUUUUAGAUUGUGUUUCAUUUUCCGUUGGCGAUGGUGAAAAAAUAGGUGUAUUGAAUUUAUCCGGUUCUGACGAGAACGCUUUAAUUUUAGCUUUAUACAGACUUUAUGAGUUGAACAGCGGAUCAAUAACCAUUGACAAGGUAGAUUUAUCAAAAAUAAGUAUCAAAUUAUUGAGAAGCCGAUUGUCUAUUGUUCCUCAAGAUCCAAUAUUCUACGGCACAAUUAGGUUUUUCUUGGAUCCAAAAAAACAACAUACAGAUGCCGAAUUAUGGAAUUCGUUAGAAAAAGUACAUAUGAAAGAUAGAAUAGCAGCUUGCGCGUCGCAGCUCCAUUACACAAUCGAUGGAAAAACUUUUAACGUAAUUGAAAAGCAACUGCUGUACCUUGCGAGAGCUUUUCUUAGUCAAAAUAAAAUACUAGUAUUAGAAGAAUGCGAAGCGCCUGAAUCAUUAACUGGAUUAGUACAUCAAGUAAUUGAAAAGGAAUUCCCCGAUGUAACAGCUUUGCUUAUUACUCGCAGAUUGAGGACAGUUUUAUCGUGUAAUCGCGUUCUCGUUAUGGAUGGUCGUGGAGUUUUAGAAUUUGACAAGCCAUCGUCACUGUUAGCUGACCCAAAUUCCAAUUUGAAACAGACAAUGGUCAAAAUCGAAGAAAUGAACCGAAGAAUGUGAACGACAAUUCAAUGUGAAGCCUCUCGUGCGCUCUGUGCAAACAUCGCGGCAUUACAAUAACAAAGUGAACCGCGAGCGAGCGACCGCUAACGACGACAUUAAUAUCGAUAUUCGCCACACGAAUAAAAGCCCUGAGCGCAUAUAUGAGGAGCGUGGGCACAUUUAGGGAAAUGUUUGCCUUGUACGCCGAGUACAAUUUCCCUUCCCACGGGAUGUGUUGCACAAAUGCCCGCCGGCACUUUUUCAAUGUACUACCUACUGCUGCCACCACUGCUGCCUGCUUCAGGAUUACAGAAGCUUCUGCUGCAUGGGAAUUCAAUGAGGCCAAAUCUAUUCUGCGGUUUGCAGAGCAUAAGUUUUUUCCAUUUUGGUAGAUAAUGCGAUAUUGAUUGCAUAAUUACUUGAAAAUUUUUUAUUAUGUUGAGUCGAUAUUUCGUUCUAUACAACCUUUCAAGCAAGCUGACAAUUAUCGUGCUAAGCAUCAAUAGGAAAAUUUAAAUUGAUAAACUAUACACAUGCAUUGGCUCUUUAGUUGAAAUGUAGCACAUUUUGCUCUAUAUUCAGGCAAUAUUGACUUUAUCGAGAAUCACUUCAUUGAAAUCCAUUAACAGAUACACGUUUAUUUCGCUUACUCUAUAGGAUUCCCAAAUACAAUCUAUUAAAUCUUCAAAUAUAUACUUAUAGUAUACGUAUAUAUAUAGUUCACAAAUUCAAUAUUCAAGCCAAUUUCAAUUUAAUAUGUAAUACUGACAGGAAAUAUAGAAUAAAAGAUGAGUUGUAAAUGCUGUAAAGCGGAAUUUCCCGAUAUUGUUUCAAAGAGGAAAAAAGAUGAGAAAGAAAAAAGGAAAAAAACAAGAAACUGGCAUUAAAAAAUUCCCAUUAACGACGUAUUUCUUUUCUUCCAUUGUUUCGUCUCGCUCUCUGGGAUCGCUUCGAAGCAGCCCCGUCUCCCACGUUUUAAUUAAAAGUUUCUCAUUAUUCCAGUUGUUUGCGAGCGCCGGAAAGUAUAAGUUCAAGAUGUUAAAAAAAAUUUUUUUACCGCCUCCUUUUUAUUUUUAAUUCCUCGAAAAAGAAAAUAAGCUCGAGCUCAGCUGCUGUCCCCUCGACUUUACACAAGAGAAAUAUGCAUUGCUAUAACUGUGUUAAACUUUUACAAUAUAACGUGAUAUUUAUGGUUCGGUAACUACGAAUAUAUAAUUUCUGUCAAAAAAGAAAUGCCAAAUAAAUAUAUUUUCAGCUCUUUUGUUGGUAUAUAUAACUGCUGUAGAGUGAAUGUAGAAGUAUUAAUAGGCAAUUCCAGCGACAAUUCACAGUCAAAAGUUUUGUCUCUCUGGUGAAACGACCCAUCAUCAAAGGAGUUCUAUUUGUUUUAGUACAACAAAGCCACGCAUCAUAAAUAGCAAGUCGAAUGAAGCGUCCAAUAAAUGUCGACAAAAGAUAUUUUAUCAAUCAUGUGAAAAACGUUAUUCUCCACACUCUUUGACAUUUUAAGCAUCAUAUCAAGUUUCCCUUAUACCCAAAGGAAAAAAACAACGAAGAUGGAAAAAAAGAAAAGUAAGCCCAGAAGUUAACAGAAUGAAUUAAAAUUGUUUUUCGAUGUGAAAGAAAAAUAUUUACAUGCAACGCCUAUGGGUGAACAAAGUUUGUGUGUCUGGCGACUGUAAACAAAUAAAGGGAAGAGAAAAAAAGUCGUGCGCCAAAUGGCGAGUACAAAACAUUCGAAUGAUUUCGACUACAGUGUAAAUACAUUUCUGUUUGGAUUAGCACGGAAAUUCGGUUGCUGCUGCACACUCAGUUUAUACGAAUAACAUUUGAAUUGCCAGUUAAUUACAAUUCAAUCGCGAUUUUAUCACUACCGAGUUGCUCCCGUGGAAUAUGGUUUUCCCGUACGAUGUCGACCUGGAUUUAAACAAAAUAAAUUAGAUUCGCUAGCGAUGUAAAACAUUGAUUUACCGUAAGCUGUUGACAAACAGUCCUAACAUUUCGUAAAUAAAGUCAUGAAUAUUUGCCUUGUUUCGCGGUUGAUAGAAUUUUAUUUUCUUUCUAUGAAUUCCAGAAAAUUCUAAAAUUCUAUAUUAAUAACUAACCAGCUUUACCUUACGACAUCUCAUUUCAGUAGAACACGUAAAAGCACUGAUUUUCCGUCCUACUAUUAUCCACCACUACCGGGAAGAAAAAAAGAAACGAAAGAGAGGGAGGGAGAGAGAGAGAACGAAAGAAAUGGAAUCUUAUUAUCUCGCGGCUGCAGAGCAUUGAGUUUAUUUUGCGUGAAGAAAAUUAUGAGCAGACGUUCCUUUCGUGCUGUAUAAAGCGGUAGCAGCAAAACAAAGGAAAGUCGCACUUCUUUUAUUAUUCGCCGUAGUAGCCUGAAUGUAGCAACGCAGAAAAAUGUCGAGAGUAACGAAUUCCAAGCGUUGAAUUGCGUUUCUGAUCACGUUCCCACAAUAUUGAAUCCGUUAAUUAGCGUUAUGAGCCGGGUAGAGAGAGGGAGAGAGAGAGAGAGAGAGAGAGAGAGAAAGAAAAAGAGAGAGAGAAAUUGAGAAACAUAUAUAUCCACAUUGAGCUUCGUUUGCACGUGACGACAUGGUAUCACCAGCAAUAGCAACGUAUUUUUUUCCCUACCGACAAUUCGAAAAAUUUACAUAUUACUCGUACACCAUUGAAUGAACAUGCUGGCUACGAAAUUUUACGUUACACUAGUCGUGUCUGCGCGUUCCGAACUAAAUGAUUCAAGAAGCAGUAUGGAAAUUUUGGGAACUACGUGAGACGAAAAUGUGUGCGUUCCUCCUUGUAUUUAGUGUGUGUAUAUGUGUUGGAGACCUGAAACUCGAGACAUGCCGCUAAAUCAUGCCAAACUUCAUCUAGAAUUAUGCAAGUUUUCUCUGAUGUAUGAACAGUUAGAGUGUGGAAGUAAUAUCUUCCUGCUGUCGCGCGCACAUAUUACAUGUCGUCUUGAACGUUUUAAAUAACAGAGCAGUUCAA